GACGGGAAUUUGAAUCGGCUUGAUGCUACGACUCGGGUUGUCGGAGGCGUUAGGCAACGUUGCUUGAAGAUCCUAUCUCCUGAAGAACUUGAGCAUCUGGAAAUUCCUGUGCGUGAAGAGGCCAAUAGUCCUGUUAGUAAAGUGUUAUACAUAUCAGAGAUUGAUACUCCAUUCUUAGAAGGGAACAGCACUCUGUCUCAAGAGCACACAGAGGCCACAAGAUUUAAUUUAUUUACUGGAAGUCAAACUCUAGAUCAAAGAUCGAAAAUGUUUAAGGUAAAUGAAACUGUUAGUAUGAACUGUGGUUUCUACGGUGAAAAUGGAGGGUUUAAGAUCUCAAAUGAAGAUAAAGACUACAUGCAAAGUUGCAAGGUUGUAGUGUCCACAUGUGCAUUUGGUGGUGGAGAUGAUCUUUAUCAGCCUAUUGGAAUGUCAGAGGCAUCACUUCGAAAGGUUUGCUAUAUUGCAUUUUGGGAUGAAGUUACUCUAAGUACACAGGAAUCAGCUGAACAUAGAAUAGAUGGCUAUGGAUUUAUUGGAAAAUGGCGCAUUGUGGUUGUUAGGGAUCUUCCCUUUGCGGACCAAAGAUUAAAUGGAAAAAUCCCAAAGAUGUUGGCCCAUCGUCUUUUUCCUCAUGCAAAGUAUUCCAUUUGGGUAGAUUCAAAAUCCCAAUUUAGGAGAGACCCCUUAGGUGUGCUCGAAGCCCUUCUUUGGCGUUCAAAUUCUGUACUCGCGAUCUCAGAACAUGGAGCUCGCAGUAGCGUUUAUGAUGAGGCAAAGGCCGUUGUCAAGAAAAACAAGGCCAAACCAGAAGAAGUUGAGGUGCAGUUGAGUCAAUACCGCCAUGAUGGCUUACCAGAAGACAAGAGGUUCAACGGAAAGAAGGCUUUAGCCGAAGCAUCUGUUAUUGUGAGGGAGCAUACACCAUUGACUAAUAUGUUCAUGUGCCUGUGGUUCAAUGAGGUGGUUCGUUUCACUUCUCGUGAUCAGCUGAGUUUCCCAUAUGUAUUAUGGCGGUUGAAAGUACUCAAGAACAUCAACAUGUUCCCUGUAUGCACCCGGAAAGAUCUUGUUAAUAGUAUGGGCCACAUACGAAAGGCGAAGCCACUAAGAAGUUGAUGGUAAUUGGGUAGUACUUCGACUUCUCAAUUAUUGAAAUAGGGGUGCGCUGGGGCGGUCAGGCACUAGUAAAUUCCUUCAUUUGUUUGUAAUGUCAAUUGGUCGCUUACAUAUUUGAAUUUCUGUUCAUAAAAUUUUACAGGAAAAAUGGAUUUUAGCUUUACCAUUUGUUGUGUAGGACUUGCAUGGACUUGAAUGCGUGAGUUGUGCUUUAUGGGUCUUGAGUUUAGCGUUUGAAGAUCUA